GUCUGAAACAUAUUACAUGCAUAUUUGGAGUUGCAGUGGUGUAGACAGAUUGGCAAUGCAUCAUAUUGAAAUGCUUUUUUAAAAAAAAAUCAUCGUGAUAUAGCCUAAUAACCAAAAUAGAGGACACCUAUGCAUCUACACCACUUAAAAUUACAACUACAAAUAUAGACUUACUGUUAAAUUAAUACCUCUCAGAGUGUCAAUCAAAACUGACCUUUAUUAUCUUUGUAUAGGCAUAAUUUUUUUUAUCAAGUUAUUGGAUUGGAAAGUAUGGUUUGGCUUAUUUGUUUCAGACAUGCUUAACAUGUUAGAUUAAGGAACAUCAUUACGCAUUUACAAAGUUACAUUUGCACAAUUCAACACAUCUGAAAAGGAGAAGGAAGAAGCAGACUUUAUUUAAUCCUACCCCUUCUCCAUGUCUAUUACCGCUAAUGAAUUCACACCAUAUCUUUUACAUGUUGACACUAAUACUUCACUUGGUUACAUUUUGUCAUUUACAUUCUGUUCUCUUCCUGUGCGAAAAGAAAGGUGUUAGAAAUAUACUCUACAUCAAAAAGCGAAUAUAAGUUAAAAUAAUGACACUAUAAACCUUGUACAGUGUUAAGGAAAAGGAAGAAAUAGAAAUAAAAGGUGAAAAAUAAGAAUUAAAAUAUACUGCAGAUAUAAUAAAUAUAGAUAUAAUAAUAUGGGGAUCUUAUUGGUGAUAAUCAAAAAAUGUUUGUGUUUGUUAACAUUGUUGAAUUUGGCAUAAUCUAUGUUAUCUAUUGUGGAGUUGUUAUUGUCGAUUGUUGUUGACUACUAACUGCAUCAAGUUUUUGUGAGUUAUAUCUUUAAUUUCCUGGUAGUCAAUGUCAUCUUUAAUUUUGAUCCAGUUCCUUCAUUUCUCUGACAUGUACUUUGGCUUCCUCCGGUCCUCCAUUAAAGUUAGAUUUUGUAGAUUGUAGAUUUUGCAGUUGGCGGUCAAAAGGCCUUGAAUUUCCCACUGCUUCAUUAUGUUAUGUGUUUUCUUUGAUGAUGUGUAUUAUGAUAUUUUAUAUAAUUUAGAUUGCUCAGGUGUUACACUUGACAUCCAGUUCUCUGACUCGGUACCUCUUUCAUGAAUAUUCAGUUUACUAUUUUUUAGCCUGUUUAUUAGAAACUACAGUAUUUAGAACUCGUCUGCUACUUUUAAGGCCAUCAAUAAAGUGUCAAUUUCAUCUGACGAGAAUCGAUCAAUCAAAAAGUACUUCUCUAACAACCGGUGUCUCAAUAAUAACUGACCUAUGACUUAUUUUCAGUCUUGACACUAAGAUGACUAGAGUAAAAGAUUUUUGUACAUCUUAGAGUGAUCAUGUGUCAAUCAAAAACUGACACAAACAUUUACGCCUACAGACAAAUUAGAGUCAGUGAACCUAAUGUACUUUUGGACUAAAGACGGAGUACCUGGAAAACCACACAGUCAUAACUGAGCUGUCUUUUCCCAGCUGGAGGCCUUCUCCACCUCCAUCAUUCUGUUUGUGAGUCGGACCUGGGAUGCAGUGACUGACCCGCUGGUUGGAUACCUGGUGAGCCGCAGCAAGCGAACGGCGAUCGGUAAACUCACUCCAUGUUAAGACAUCUCUCAAGACGACGUGGUUUGUCGCAGCUGCCUGCCUCUUUGAGACCCUCAUGAGUGUGAGACAGCCAUCUCCUUGUCAUCUAUCUCUGCCCACUCAUUUUUCCCCCAUCACACUGAGCUGUGUCACCAUGGCUACCAUUUCACACCAUGCCCACAGCCUGUGUGCCAUGUUUUCUUUCCCUUCGUCGUCUUUUAUCAGGGCUACAACGUCCCCUAUCUUUCUCUGGGUAUGUUCCUCGGAGGAGACCAGAGAGACAGAGACUCAGCCACCGCUUACAGUAAAGAUCCAACUACUCACUCACACACAAACAUGCCAGCUCUUGCAAACACACAUGCACAAAAAUAUUGCCAAACCACACUUCAGUGCACUUCCUGUCUUCUCUUGUUGGCAGGAAUGAGUGUGGAGAUGAUAGCAAUGCUGUUAGCAUCCGUCAUCCAGGGUCAGGUUGUGGCUCUGUACAACAGAGAAAAACAGGAGACCUGUGAACAGCUCGAACAUGAUGGACCUCCAAGCUCAUCUCCACCGCAUGUUGCGUCACUUCAAGAGACGCAAAAGGCUUUCCUGAUAUCAUCUAUGGUUAUUGGAGGGCUGUUUUUCAUCAGCAGCAUUGUUCUCUUUUUGGGGGUGAAGGAGCAGCAGGGCUCUGUGAGCUCCACUGAAAAAGUAAGGCCAACCUAUAUAAACUCACUGAAGAUGCUGAUCGGUCACAUUGCCUACCAACGUCUGGUCCUCGGAUUCAUGUUCAGCGCUUUUGCAUUUCAGACAUCCUUGGGAAGUUUUGCCCUUUUUUGCAGUCAUGCGGCUGGACUCAGUGAUCAGUUCCAGCACCUCCUACUGGCUUUACUGGUUUCUGCGUCAAUAGCAGUUCCUCUAUGGCAAGUAGUUCUCCUGAGAAUUGGGAAAAAGGCCACGGUUUUUAUCGGGCUCUCACUUUUCAUCCCAGCAUCAAUUUUCGUCGCCUGUGUUCCCAGCAACUUCCCUGUCUUCAUGAUGAUGUGCGUCUUGAUGGGAUUCAGCGUGGCGACUAUAUUUUUGUUACCCUGGUCCAUGCUCCCCGAUGUGGUAGAUGACUUUGCCAUGACUUAUCCCUCCUGUAAAGACCUGGAGCCACUGUUUUUUUCCUGCUAUGCCUUCUGCAAUAAGUUGGCAGGAGGCCUCGCUGUUGGACUCUCCACCUUGAUUUUGCAAUUUGUUGGAUACAGAGCUGGCGCAUGUCACCAAGGCGACAGAGUGGUGACUGCUCUAAUUGUGCUCUUUUCACCUGUUCCCAUUGUUCUACUGUUAAUCGGGAUGAUGUUCUUUCGCUCCUAUCCAAUCAAUGAGAGGAAAAGUUUGUCAAGCCAAGAAGCAGCCACAGCUGAUCCAGAAGCUCCAUCUUCAUCAUCCAAGCAAAGGGAAAAUGCAGAGCAGCCUGCUGGCGUGACGGCAAUGUCACAUCUUAACAUAUUUCAGAAGUCCAAGGCAUCACCACGUCCAGGCAACCAUGUUAAAAAUGAUACGGUGCGAUUGUCUGUCAUAUCCAUUGACCUAAAUUCUGCAAAUGACAGCAAAUCAGUCUUUCGGUCAGGUGUCAAUAAUAAAUGUGACAGGCAGAGUCUCAGCACUCAGCAGAGUUUAAUGAAGGUGUCUAGAUGCCCAAAGAAGAGAGCCAAAGUCUCUUGGGUAUAGCAAGACACAGACUUCAUAUAACAGUCUGGAAAUGUGUUUUGAUUAAAAGCUAAAUUGUUGGAUUACUCUUAAGUUAGUCAUUUCCACCCAUAAAGAGAGUGAACAGAAUACAAAUGGCAGUCAAAAGUUCUCUCAACCAAGUAAGUUGCUCUAUGUAUUUAUAGUAAUGGUAAAAAUGACAUGUUAGGCCUUUACUUUUGUCUCCCUAGCAAAUAUGUUUUCAUGAUCUUGUUAUGGGAUCCUCAUAAUGUGACUUGACACACUUCUUACAAUUAUUCUGCUUCACUGAUGACAUUGUUUUCUUAACAAUGGCGCCUGAAAUGUCCUGUGGAUUUCUGCUGCCUUUAUGCUAUGUCAUGAUGUUGUCACCUACAUGCCCCAUUGGAAUAAAAGGCAAUAACA